AGAUCAAGAAAUUGAAAAAGUAGAAAACUUGGUUAUAUAACAUUUUUCGAGCAAAGAUGGCCAGCGCAAAGCAAAAUUACAAAUCAGGUCAAGCCCAUGGACAGGGCCAGGCCAAGACUGAAGAGUGGGUUCAAUCCACAAAGGACACAGCCAAUGCAGCCAAAGACAAGACAACUAGUGCAGCUCAAUCUGCUAAAGACAGGACAGCUAGUGCAGCUCAAUCAGCUCAGGAGUCUACCCAACAUGGAAAGGAUCAAAGUGCUGGUUUCCUCCAGGAGACCGGAGAACAGGUGAAGAACAUGGCUCAGAACGCUGUAGACAGUGUGAAGAACACGAUUGGAAUGGUUGAAAAUAACGCUAAGAACUUCACUGCUGCUAAUGCUGGUUCAACUCUCGGUGAUCCAAAGUCCUUUUUCAUAGGCGUUGCCAAUUUCAACCACCUAAUGCCUAUUUCAAAGCAGAAAUACAAGCCUACUCCUUACAUCAACAAACACAUACUUAUGUAUAGCAUAAUUCCUGACUUCCAUGUGUCACUUCUCUAUGGACCUUUAACUGCUAUAAAUACUUCUAAAAACAAGGCCAAGACUGAAGAGUGGGUUCAAUCCACAAAGGACACAGCCAAUACAGCCAAAGACAGGACAGCUAGUGUAGCUCAAUCUGCUAAAGAUAGGACAGCCAGUGCAGCUCAAUCAGCUCAGGAGUCUGCCCAACAUGGAAAGGAUCAAAGUGCUGGCUUCCUCCAGCAGACCGGAGAACAGGUGAAGAACAUGGCUCAAAACGCUGUAGACAGUGUGAAGAACACGAUUGGAAUGGCUGAAAAUAAUGCUAAGAAAUGAAAGAAAACACUUAUGUGUCUCUCAUAUUAUGAUGUUACAUUAAUGGGUUUAGGUUGUUUUUUUUUUGUUUGUUUUUUCACCUAGGUUUUUGCUCAACCUGACUAACAGGGAAAAGCAACAUCGCAGUUGAAGUGAGAUUUUUUUUAGAAAACUCCUUUCGGAUGUAAUAAAGACAUUUGCUUUUCAUUAUUUUGAUUUUUCCCUUUUCAUUAUAAUAUGAGAUGUAAUAAAGGCUUAACAAUAAUACAUAUGUAAAGUUGAUUUGUUUCACCUUC